AUGAACGCUGAACGAUAUAUCCAUUUGAUCAACUUACACCUCAUCCUUCCUUCAGGGGAAUUAUCAGUUCUAACCUCUCUUCAUUUAGAUACAUCCACAGGAUUGAUCUGUUCGCCACCUUCUCCUUCAGCCCCAUCAAAUCAUACGAGAACCAUUGACUUGGAUGGUAAAUGGGUUAGUCCGGGUAUGAUUGAUAUCCAAAUCAACGGUGCUUUCGGGAUCGAUUUAAGUGAGUAUCAAUCAGAAGAAGACUACAUACAAGGAGUAAGGAAGAUGAGUAAAGGAUUAUGUGAAGGUAGCGUGACUAGUUUUUUACCUACUAUAAUCUCUCAAACUAAGGAGAAGUAUCAUUCGAUCCUUCCGGUCCUGUCCAAAUUGCCAUCGCUUUUUCGAUAUCAAGGAGGACUAUCUACACCUCUGGGAUGGCACCUUGAAGGACCUUUCAUUCACCCAAAGAAGGUAGGUUGUCAUCCUCCCAUCAAUCUUAUGUCUGCGCUCAAAGGCUUCAUAUCCCUGGAAGAGAUAUAUGGUGGAAACAACGUAGAUUCGAAGCCCAAUGUUGAAGAAGCCGGUGAAUUUGUGAAAAUGAUCACUCUUGCUCCUGAUGUAAAAGGUAUUCUGCAUGUUAUACCCGAUUUGAAACUUAGGGGAUGGAAGAUUAGUCUUGGACAUACGAACGCAUCUACCGAACAAGCUUUAGAAGGGAUAAGAAGGGGAGCUACUUUGCUUACACAUUUGUUCAACGCUAUGCCACCAUUGAACCAUAGAGAACCAGGUAUUAUCGGUUUAUUAGGUUUACCAAUCUCGUCUUCUGCAAUGAAGGUGAUCAGACCUAGUAUAUCACAAAGAGUCAAGUCCACCAUUUCGACGCCUUUAACCAGAUCUCAUGCGCCGACAAGGGUACCUGCCCUUAUAGAUGAGGAUAAAGAGGAUCAUGAGGGAGAGGACGAUCCAUCAGGGGUUGAUGGUAUACCCUCCGAUGACUUACUCAGUGAUCAGAUUACGAGUAAUCCCCUGGAAAUCAAUAUUGACCAACUUAAUUUCUCAGCUAAAUCUGGAGGUUUUCACCCUUCUCUUGAGAUCACCAUCCCCAGUGAUAGUACUACACCUUCCGAGCCUCAUACGCCUUACAAUGAGUCUCUUGCCAGAGUGGAAAGACCCUUCUUCUCUAUUAUUGCCGAUGGCAUACAUGUACAUCCUCUAGCAGUGAGUAUGGCUUAUAAUGCUCAUCCACAAGGAUGUAUCUUGGUUUCCGACGCAAUGCACAUGCUCGAUCCUUCAUUACCGGAUGGGAUACAUCCAUGGCGAGAAGGCACAUUCAUCGAAAAAAGAAAUGGUGGGAUAACGUUAUCUGGUACAAAUACGUUGGCAGGAUCAAUCCUACCUUUAUCAGAAGCUGUAAUCAACUUGUCAAGAUUUACAGGUAUAUCAAUACCUGAAGCGGUCGUCUGUGCAACUUAUAAUCCGGCUCUUGCAUUAGGUGGAGGAAUCAGAGAGAGAGUAGGGCUGAAUAUUGGGUGUUGGGCAGAUUUGGUUGUUUGGAAUGAAGAUGGAAUAAAAGGUGUUUGGAAAAGUGGCAAAAAAGUUUGGUCUAAAGAGUAA